ACUGUUUUGUAACUUAGCCAGUAUAAUAUUGUGUGGUCUAAGUGAUCCCAUUGUUGCAGAGAGAAUGAAAGAUGAUAUUCUCAUAUCUCACUGCUCAGAAAAACCACCCAAUGAACACUAAUAACAUUCUGAAUCUUGCCGGUCCAACACAAACUACAAACUCUUCUAUGUCUCUGUACAGUUUCUUGCACUUUCCAGAACAUGGCAUCGAAAUAAUCAAAACCUCCGUCACCUCUCUUAAAUAAAUGAAGAACUGAAGAAAUCGUGAGAGGGGGAGAUUCUACUGCAGCUUGGAAAUGAAGGAUGGUCACAAAACUUCGAAGAAGUCCGAGGCCGAGGCAGGGCAAUCCUCGAUUGGAAUUUAUGCUGUACAGUGCGGGGAAUGUUUUAAAUGGCGGGUGAUACCUACACAAGAAGAGUUUGAGGACAUCAGAAGUAGGUCUGUGGAGGAUCCAUUUUUCUGCCACAAGAAACCCAAUGCUUCUUGUGACGAUCCUGCUGAUAUCGAGUAUGAUGCCACUCGAAUGUGGGUCGUCGACAAGCCAAACAUCCCGAAGACUCCAGCAGGGUUUCAGAGGGGAUUGGUGCUUAGAAAAGAUCACUCUAAAUUUGAUGCUAAUUAUACUACUCCUACGGGAAAGAAAGUGAGAGGCCCUUCUGAGGUAGCAUCUUUUAUAGAAAGCAAUCCAGAAUACAAAGAUUUAUCUGUUUCGGACUUCUCGUUUUGGACUCCAAAAAUAAUGGAUGAUACUGUUCCUCAGACAGCUAAGAGAAAGGGCUCAGCUAGUAAGAGAGUUAAAACCGGUUAGUGUACUGACUCUCUCUCUUUUGGACCAUAUUUGAGAGAUUAGUUUAGUUGGAGUAUUAUAGUUUUUGUGGACUUCAAAUCUUCCAAUUAAUAUGUAUUUUGUGCACACACA